UGUAAGUGACGCACAUGAAGGCAGCUGAGGACAGAGCCGCUCUCUCUCCAAAAUGGCGACUCGUGACAAGGUGGAGGAGGAGAUUUACGACAAGGUCGUGGAUCUGACGGAAUACGCCAAGAGACAGAGAUGGUGGAACCGGCUCUUCGGGAAGAACUCGGGGCCCCUGGCAGAGAAGUACUCUGUGGCCACGCAGAUCGCCAUCGGGGGAGUGAGUGGAUGGUGUGCAGGGUAUCUCUUCCAGAAAGUUGGCAAAGUGGCAGCCACUGCUGUAGGGGGAGGUCUUCUGCUGCUGCAGAUAGCUAACAAUACUGGAUACAUCCAGGUGGACUGGAAGAGAGUAGAGAAGGACGUGAACAAAGCCAAGAAACAGUUAAAGAAGGGAACCAAGCAAGCGGGUCCAGAGCUGAACACAUUCGUAGACAAGUCCACAGAGUUUGUGAAGAAGAACAUUGUGGUCACCAGUGGCUUCGUCGGAGGGUUCCUGCUCGGCAUGGCGUCUUAGGGCCAAAGAACGAGCAUCUCAUAUCUUCUAUGUCAUGAUGGACUGUACGGGAAAAGAAUCAAUCAUUGCUGGAUGGUUUAUGUGUCUCGAUAGCAAGCGACCUCCGUCAGAUUUAGCUUGUAGCGACGUGUUUCUACAUAAGCUGCACAUUACUCCCUCUUCUCUAAUACUUGACCCUUCACGUGACAAGUCGAUGGGGACGUGAGACGUCUUCAUUAGACCUUCGUAAAAUACUCCACGCUCCAGGCCAAAUAAUGAGAAAUAUGCAAAAUGAAUUUUAGAAAAUGUUAUUUAUUUAUUGUUAUCAAAAUGACAUUUCACCAGCAGUAAGACUGCACUGUAAUGCUGUUAUCAUACACAGUGGCAGAUGGUGCGCGAAAGAAUCAAUGCUAGGUGUUAUAUUUUUCAAUUCCUACAUAAUCAAUCCGCUUCAGCCAUAAAAGUGAACUUUAUUCUUAAGUGCUGAUAGAUUGUGGGGAUUGUUAUGCCUCCCCUGCGUCUCUGAUUUUUUUAAUGUAUUUUGUUUAGCUAUAAAUGUGUUUUCUGUAUUGACGGCUGCGGUUUGUCUCCUGUGUAUGUUUGAACACAUUAAAAAUAAAACAUUUAACUGUCA